GUUUAAUAACAAAAUUUCAGUAUUUAUGUAGUUAUAUUUAUGUAGAUAUUUUGGUGAUACCUUUGCUUUCAUUUAUUCGAAUCGUCGCUUCCACUGUACUGAACGCAACGGGCUUCUCAGCUCAAAAACAUGGACCAAACUCCAAAGUUUUUCUACAACGGGGUGUCGCCUACGCAUGUUCUAAUUGCGAUUUUCGCGAGUACGCUCCUCGCGUAUUAUUUCCAUCUGUCAUGGCGGCAACGGAUACAAAAUGCAAAGACUAGGAAUUGGUCGGGGCCACCGUCGUUGCCGUUUCUCGGUUGCGCUUUGUCGUUCAUGGGCAACUCGUUGGAUAUUUUUCUUACCCUGUCCCAGAUGUACAAAAGCUACCAUGGCAGUUUCCGAUUGUGGUUUGGACCGCAAUUAUACUGUGCGGUCUCGCACCCCAAAGAUAUAGAUACUAUACUGAACAGCGAGCAUGCACUGCAGAAAGCUGACAUUUACAGGAUCGCUGAGAUAGCUCUGGGACACGGACUGCUGACAGCGCCAGUGCCUACGUGGAAGAAACACCGGAAAAUACUUCAACCUACGUUCAGUCACAGGAAACUGUGCAGUUACUUCCGUGCGAUCGUCGAGGAGACCGAAGUUUUAGUGGAAGAGAUGAAGGGGUACGCUGGCAAAGGUGAAAUCGACAUUAACAACUUAAUUAGCAAGUGGAUCUUCGAAAUAUCGUGCGAGAUCGUCUUAGGGAUAAAGGCACACGCGUACGCGGGAGGCAGCAAUUUCGUACGCCUAGUUGAUCGAGGCCUGCAAAUACUAGCGACGAGAGUGUUCAGGAUUUACCUUCAUAGCGAUUUUGUGUUUUACAAGACGCCUCUGGGCAAAGAGGCGAUACUGCUCGUCGAAGAAGUGAGAACGUUUGUGCAAAAAAUCGUCGACGAACGCAAACGACAACCGACUGAAAAAAUGGACGCUCAAUUCGUGUCCUUCCUCGAUUUUCUACUGGCGGACAAUCGGUAUACCGAUUCGGAGAUGGUGGACGAAAUGCUGACGAUGCUGAUCGCUAGCGCCGAUACCACGACCACGACGUCCAAUUUCUUGUUUAUGGUCCUCGGAUUUCAUCCAGACGUGCAGGAAAAGGUCUACGAGGAAAUUCUCGAAGUGAUUGGACCGCGACGAGCCGUCGAAAUGUCGGAUUUGCCGGAACUGAAAUACAUCGAACGAGUUAUCAACGAGGUUAUGCGCUUGUUCCCUGUGGCUCCGUUUCUGCUUCGAACGGCCUUCGAAGACAUAGAUCUCGGCGACAAAAUAAUUCCCAAAGGUGCGGCCAUCGUGUAUUCCUUCCUAGUCACCCACCGCAUGGAAAAAUACUGGCCGGAUCCGUUGAAAUUCGAUCCGGACAGGUUCCUCCCCGAAGAAAUAGCGAAGAGACCCUCGAGCGCCUUUGCCCCGUUCUCUUGCGGACCGAGGAACUGCCUGGGUCGAAAAUUUGGAAUGACUUACAUGAAGGUACUGGUCGCUACCGUUUUGAGGAGGUACAGGUUCCACUCUUACUCGUACAAGAGGAUCGAGGAUAUUAAAAUCACCGCGAAUAUACUGAUAAGGGCCGAAGACGGGUUCAAGGUCGCUUUCGAACGCAGAAAGGCGGAUUUGUAACUCCAAUAAAAAUAUUUCAUACCGAAAAUAUGACGAAUUUUCAAUUAUUCAUUGCGAGAGAUACAAAUGCUUGUUGGCGGCUGACGUGAGAAAUACGACGUGAUUUUUCUUAGUCGUUUUCAGGGAUCCUUUUGACAUGAUAAUCAUGUGAUUUUUUUUUGACGUAUCUAAACCUUCGUUUUUCUAACCUACAGCAAGUGACGCGCUCUAUCAUGAAGAUACUUUAAUGUUACCAUUUAAAAAGCUGGUGUAAGUAGAGAAUAGUCUGCUUGCAGUUUGUCAUGAACAAAUAAUUGGUUGGUAAGAUUUUCUGUAAAAAUUGCAUACGUUUUAAGGGCCUUGAAUCGAGGAGAAGUAUCAUCUGAACCAGGAAACUUGGAGUUCCACGAAAUAUAAGAGUCAGAAAGAAUAUAAAACCACGAAUGCUUCUGUAAUUUUAUACUUUCGUGCUCCUAUUGUUUUUCCCAUGGGUAAUUAUUUACUACUCAAUGGGUUCCUUCUAUUUUGGUAUUUAAAAAAUAGUAACUAUUGUUUUUAUAUUAUUAUUGUUUGUUUCUUUCGAAAAUCGAUGAAAUCGAAUUUUUUGAAAGUACUUGCGUUUGUAUAAAAAUUUUAUAUCUCUGUAACGGUAGCUCCUAUGGGAUCGCCGCUGGUACAGAAAUUAUUACCGUAGAAAACAAAAUUUUUUUUGUCUGUCUGUUCUCCGUUCUCGUCUUUUGGUUUUUCCUGAAUAACUUUCGAACCGUUGGAGCUACAAAAUCAAAAUUUGCUUCCUUUUUAACCCUACACGAGGCACAUAAGCUUAUAAGAAAUAGCCCGGAUCCGACGCUGGUAUCGACCUUCUUUUCGCGAUUUUCGAUUGUUUUUUGAAUAUUGCUAUGAAACACGAUAAGUGUCCGAAAUUUGAAGUAAUCGACUUCAUACAUAACACAUAAUAAAAAUAAUA